AUGGCAGUGGUAACAGAGUAUGCGGGAUACAUAGCCCAUUUAACUACCUGGGUGGACGACCUAGACAGCUGCAGCCGCAGGCUGAAUCUCCGCAUCAGGGGAGUGAGAAAGGGAGGCCCAACAGAAAAUACUGCUGAACUACUCCACACCAUUUUCAGCCAGGUGCUGGGCGGCCAACAAUUACCCCGUCUGGGCCUAGUGAGAGCCCACCGAGCACUGAGACCACCUCUAUUGCCUGGCGAGCAACCAAGAGACCUGGCGAGCAAUCAAGAGACAUAG